AUGUGCACUUGUUCUGUCAGUGUUGUUGGCAAAGUUAAACCUCACGUUUCAUCGGAAGAACUGGAGAACACGCGGCGCAUCGUGAAAUCAUUCUAUGACGGUAUCGGAAAAGAGCUUCAUGAGAAGUUACUGAAGAAAGCAAGCAAGGAAAGGAAUUGGUUUGAGUACUGGUGGAUGGAUUUUUAUUUAAAGGCAAGAGGUUCUCCGAAUUAUAGUGCUAGCUAUUAUGGAAUGGUUAUCCCGUUUAUAGACGAAUGUUGGCAAUCUAAAGAAGGCAGCCAAGUAGAAAGGUGUGCAGUGGUAUUGUGGAACGUGUUACAAUUCUGGAAAAUGCUCAGAGAAGAGACUCUGCCAUUAGAUAUUGAUCGCAAUGGGACAACAUUAUCUAUGUAUCAAUAUAGAAGUUUGUUUAAUAGUAGCCGAGUUCCUGGUGUGCAAAAAGACACUUUUGUACAGUGGUUUAAAACUGCGAAAGAAGGUAACUGCCCGAGUCAUCUUAUCGUCAUGAGAAAGGGUCGCUUUUAUAAAUUCAAUGCCACUGACGAUGACGGGAAAAUACUGUCUGCACCAGCACUCAAGAGACAAAUAGAGUAUGUCAAAACUGAAAGCGACAAUCAACCUACUAUACUAAGCGUGGGAAUGUUGACAGCACUAGACAGAAUACCGUGGGCACAGGCGAGGUCACAUUUACAAUCCCUGGAUCCACGGAAUAAAAAGUUCUUAGAUGAAAUCGAGUCGAGUUUGCUAAUACUAAGGCUUGAAGACAAAGCUUCGGAAACACUACAAUCGAUUGCCAGAGAAUCUUUAUGUGGUAUUGGCCAUGGUCGAUGGUUUGAUAAAGGGUACACACUUAUCAGCUUUAAGAAUGGGACCUUUGGAUUAAACAUAGAUCACGUCCAAGUGGAUGCAAUAUGUCCUGUGAAUCAUUGGAUACAUGUGAAUUCCAAAAUUAUCGCCCAAGAUGGCAUUUGGAAGGGCUCAACCGAUGUGAGAAAAUUGUCAAAUCCACAAGAGUUAAAGUUUAUCGUGGAUGAUCAUAUAACAAACGCUAUACGUAAGGCUGUUGAACAAUCCAGGAAGGAGUCGAAAAAUAUUGAAACGUCUAUCAACAAAAUGAACUUCGAUCGAGAAUUGCUGAGAUGCAAGAAAGUUCACCCAGAUGCCUUUUUGCAAUUGGCAAUACAAUAUACUUACUACAAGAUGUACAGAAGACCUGCCCCAACAAAUGAGGCAGCUACAACCCGCCAGUUUUACCAUGGCAGAACGGAAACAGUGAGGGCAUGUACUGUGGAGGCAAUACAAUGGUGUCAGUAUAUGACGGGUGAAAACAUUGAACCAUCGAAAACUUUAAACUUGUUUCUUACGGCGAUUAAUAAGCAUGUGCAGUUGAUGGGUGAAUGUAAACGCAACGAGGGCUGUCAUCGGCAUCUCUAUGGAUUAGAAAUGAUUGCAGCAGAGAAUGGAAUACCGCUUCCAGAAUUAUAUAAAGAUCCUUCCUACAUGAAAAGUGGUGGAAAUGAAAGUUACAUUCUGGUAACUUCUUCGUCGGGAUACUCACCUGUGUUAGCUUUCAUACCACCAAUGUGCGAAAACGGAUAUGGUGUUUUCUACUCUUUCCCCAAGAACGCGCUAAUAUUAUUUGUGUCGUCCUGGAAGAAAGACAAGGCAACCGACUGUGUAGUUUACAGAAAGAAUUUAGAAAAAACUAUUAAUGAAAUGUUGGCGAUGCUCACCAAUUCCAACCUUUAA